AUGUUUGUCCUCCCACCGCCGCCAAAAUACGGCAACGCUGGCGCGCCGGGCGCCCUCCUAGAGACCAACAACCUCCUUGAGCAUCCCACGGGACCCGAAUUCCAACUUGUGGUGGGAGAAGGCACAUACACCUUGACGGACGAAUUGCUCCUGGCAACGCCGCCUCCGCAUCCCAGCGAUGCGCCACAGCCCAACAACAACCCUCUCGCGACGACGAUAGGGCCGCAGAGCGCCGGCACCAAGCUCUCUCUCGCUACCCUCUCGCCCAGUCGAUGGCCCACGCACCGCCAGUCUCGAGGUCACGGUGCAUGGCAUCCCAUUCCGCCUAGUAUACAAGAGGAAGCACAGAGUCCCAGGGGUGAUGCGGCUCCUCCUGCAAAUGGAGGGCUAUUUGGGUCUGCCACAUACUAUUCGAGCACCGUGGGCUUUGGUGAGAGCAAUCCGGCACUACAGGUCGUCGCCGCUCCCGUCAAAGGCAACAAGAAGGACCAAAAGCUGAAGCCGAAGAACAACAUUAUCAAAUCCAACUCUUCCUAUGUCUCGCGAGUCAUUCCCCACGACAACUUGCCCAAGCGCCUGGCCGAACACUCCCCGGACGGGCUGUACGCGUUUGCAAACAUCAAUCGAGCGUUUGUCUGGCUCGACCUGUCCGCGGAGGCGAAGACGGAGAAUAUGACCAAGGUCCUCUUCACCAAAGCGCAUGUCCUGUGUCACGAUGUGAACGCCUGGACCAAGUCGGGCAGUCACCUGGAUAUUGUGAUGGGCUUCAACACCGGCGACGUCAUCUGGUACGAGCCCAUGUCGCAAAAGUACGCUCGCCUGAACAAGAACGGCGCCAUCAAUGCAUCCCCCAUACAAUGCAUCGCUUGGCUGCCGCACAAGGAGAAUCUCUUCAUCGCAGCACAUACAGACGGCACUCUCGUCGUAUACGACAAGGACAAGGAAGAUACUGCGUUCACUCCGGAAGAUGGCUUACCGACAGACCACGCACAUGUCGACGGUGGCCAGAAACCCGCCUUCCGCAUACAAAAGUCCGUCCAGUCGCCGAAUCAGAAGAGCAACCCGGUGGCAGCGUGGAGCGUGUCCAACAUGAGGAUCAACGGCAUCGCAUUCGCCCCCGAUGGUCAGUCGCUGGCUGUCGUCUGCGAAGACGGCACACUGACCAUCCUUGACUACAUCAACGAGCGCGUCAUCGGCGUCUAUCGGUCUUACUACGGGGCCAUGCUCUGCGUGACGUGGUCGCCAGAUGGACGCUACGUCUUGACCGGGGGCCAAGAUGAUCUGGUCAGUAUCUGGUCCCUGGUAGACCAAGCGCUCGUUGCGAGGUGCGUCGGACACGAGUCCUGGGUGACAGAUGUCAAAUUCGAUCCCUGGCGUUGUGAUGAGCGCAACUACAGAUUUGGGAGCAUUGGGGAGGACUGCAGGCUCCUGCUCUGGGAUUUCUCGGUGGGGAUGCUUCGAAGGCCAAACGUACGGAAUCGUGGGAGCUUCUCUACCCACGUGUCCGCAAAUCGCAAGGAAAGUGCGAAUACCGUCAACCGGAUCCGGAGCAACUCGAGCCGAGAGCCAGCAGAUGGGGUGGAGAUCAAGGGAGAUGGGGAGGUGGUGCAUGCCGUGGAUUCAAAGGCCACCGUCGCCGUUCUCCCACCCGUUAUGUCGAAGAGCGUUGACGAACACCCAUUGUGCUGGCUCGGAUUUGAGGAGAAGUGCAUUCUGGCCUCGUGCAAAGACGGUAAUAAUGCCCGCCUUGCCGGAGUUUGUAUAGUGUGCUGA